GGACAAGUUUGGUGCAAAACGAAAGGUGCAUAAGCGCGUCCACAUUCUCACAGACGAUCCGUCAAUUUUCGGGGAAAUGCGAAAAUCCGAUUUGGGAAGGCAAAUGAAUCACUUUUGAAGGAAGAGAGGAUCAGAACUCAGAAGACUCUUUAGUUGUUGGGUAGCGUUUACGAACUCAAGAACUCUCUCCGUGGGUUCACUAGUACGAUCGAAGACGUUCGCGAGUUCACCAAUUCCAUUUCUACAGAGACGACCUUGAAGGCACUCUGUAGAAUGUGGAGCACCAUACCCGGAGUUGAAGAAUGCUGUAUUUGAUUCCAAAGUUUUCCAAGGGUUUAACCCCAUAUUUCACUACAGUGUCAACACUGGCAGUCUGACUUUUGAGUUGAGGGAUAUACCAAGAUGGGAAUCAUCCACCGCAGUGGAGGUCCGAAGAAAUCAAAUGACAGUGCCAGACUUAUUAUCACAACAAUUCUGGGAGUAGUCUUUGGAUUUUUUGUUGGUAUAUCGUUCCCAUCUGUUUCAGUUACGAAGCUUAACUUUCAUUCUGAUCUUUUUUCAUCCAUUGAUGCGGCCAUUGUUAAUGAUGAAAGAAAAUCCUCUGAAACUCACAGGUCGGGUGAUACUCCAAAGAUAUAUGUUCCAACAAAUCCCCGUGGCGCAGAGUUAUUGCCUCCUGGGAUUGUUGUGUCCGAGUCGGAUUUCUAUUUGCGAAGAUUAUGGGGAGACCCCAACGAGGACCUGAAAACUAAGCCAAAGUACUUGGUGACAUUCACUGUUGGGUUUGACCAGAGGAAUAACAUUGAUGCAGCUGUUAAAAAGUUUUCUGAAGACUUCACAAUUCUGCUUUUUCACUAUGAUGGUCGGACAAGUGAAUGGGAUCAAUUUGAGUGGUCAAAGCGUGCGAUUCAUGUGAGCGCGAGGAGGCAAACAAAAUGGUGGUAUGCAAAGCGAUUUUUGCAUCCAGAUGUUGUGGCAGCUUAUGAUUACAUUUUUAUCUGGGAUGAAGAUCUUGGUGUUGAGCACUUCAAUGCAGAGAAUUACCUAAAGUUAGUGAAGAAACAUGGCUUGGAGAUCUCGCAACCUGGACUUGAGCCCAAUAAUGGACUUACAUGGCAGAUGACUAAAAGGAGAGGUGACAGUGAAGUUCACAAGGAAACAUUAGAGAAACCAGGCUGGUGUAGUGACCCACAUCUUCCUCCAUGUGCAGCGUUUGUGGAAAUUAUGGCUCCUGUAUUUUCACGGCAAGCUUGGCGUUGUGUGUGGCAUAUGCUUCAGAAUGAUCUGGUACACGGAUGGGGACUGGACUUUGCAUUAAGAAGAUGUGUGGAGCCUGCACAUGAGAAGAUUGGUGUGGUUGAUUCACAAUGGAUUGUUCAUCAAGUGAUACCUUCCUUGGGGCGCCAGGGUGAGGCUGAUGCAGGGAAACCACCAUGGGAAGGGGUAAGAGACAGGUGCAGAAAAGAGUGGGCAGAGUUUCAAAGUCGCCUUACUAAUGCAGAUAAAGCAUACCUUGCACGGAGUCGGACAGGAUAAUUGCUAGCGGCCUUUGUACUGUACUUUUUUUUUACUGUCACCCUUUGUUAAUCCCAUCUGUAUCUCUUUUCUUCCUCUAAAGGGUGUUAAGUCACUUAUUUUUCAAGUGAAGUUUUCUUCCUUAGCGUGGCUAGUCGUUUCCUUGGUGGUUGAGAUACGGAAUUACUUGACGGAAGAAAAUUUCACUAUGUCCAUACAACAAUACCUUUAUAAUUCCAGAUACCUUCAUUUA